GGUUGCUGAUUGCUUUUAGAAAGGCCCGACCUGCAAGCAGAUCUUCCUUCUCUUUCUUGUCUGAAUUUCUUUUGUAUUGCUAAACCCAAUGCAUUAUUUAUUUAUGGGUGUUUGAGUUUGAGCAGUCAAAACAACUCCAUAACAGCUCCUUGCUCUGUUUAGUGUUUUUGUUAUUGGUUCUGUCCAAGAAGGAAAAGAAGAGAGAUGGUGGGUAUCCCGGAAAAUGGCAUUGGAGGAAUGACUCUUUCUCUUUGGACCAAAAAUAAGAACAGGAGAAUGGAUUCUGAGCUCUUAGAGGAUCUCGGUGACGCUUUAAUUCAUAAUCAUCUGGUGGAGAGGAAGAGGAAGAGAAUCACUGGGAAAUAUGCGAUUGCCUGUACCAUUUUUGCAUAUCUGAAUCAUAUUCUUCUUGGUUAUGGUAAGCUCCUUCUGUCUUUUCUUUCUCUUUUUGGUUCCUUUUUCGUUGUAGCACCUGACGACCUCUCCUGUCAAAAGGAGACUCUCCGUAUUGUAAUUAGGGAUUCAUGAGGAAUUAGCUCCUCAUAACUUGGUCAGCAGUUUCUAACAAAAGCAAGCCAACCACUUGGAUAUUGGAGUGAUGAGUGGGGCAAUCAUAUUCAUGCAGGAGGAUUUGAAGAUAACUGAGGUACAGCAAGAAGUUCUUGUUGGGAUUUUGAGCAUAGUUUCAAUUUUGGGUAGUUUAAUAGGUGGAAAAACAGCAGAUUUGGUUGGUAGAAAGUGGACAACGGCCUUAGCUGCCCUUGUCUUUCAAAUUGGUGUAGCUAUAAUGGCAGUUGCACCUUCUUUCCAAAUAUUGAUGACAGGAAGGCUAUUGUGCGGGGUUGGCAUAGGUCUAGGAGGUAUGAUUGCUCCGGUGUAUAUUGCAGAGAUAUCACCAAGUGUUGGGAGAGGCUUCCUCACCUCCUUCCUGGAGAUUUCUAUAAAUGUGGGAAUCUUGCUUGGCUAUGUCUCAAAUUUCAUGUUUUCUGGUCUUUCAGUUCACAUAAACUGGAGGAUAAUGCUAGCUGUAGGGAUUUUGCCUUCAGUCUUCAUAGGGGUUGCACUUUUCAUUGUCCCUGAGUCACCAAGGUGGUUGGUGAUGCAAAACCAAGUGGAAAAAGCAAGAUCAGUGCUGUUAAAAACCAAUGAAAAUGAAGCAGAGGUGGAAGAGAGCCUUGCUGAAAUACAACUAGCAGCUGGAAUUGAUAAUGCUAAUAAGCAUAAAGAGAAAGCUGUUUGGCAUGAGCUGUUGAUGCCUUCUCCUUCUGUUCACCGAAUGCUGGUCACUGGACUCGGAAUCCAUUUUUUCCAACAGAUCACAGGAACAGAUGCAACUGUAUAUUAUAGCCCAGAAAUUUUCAAGGAUGCGGGAUUAAGAGUAACUCUAAUCUCCCUGCUGCAACAAUUGCCAUGGGUGUUGCUAAAACUGCCUUUAUUUUGGUUUCUACGUUUCUCAUAGACAAACUUGGGAGAAAGCCCUUGCUCCAUGUGAGCACAAUAGGAAUGACUGCCUGUUUGUCUAUUCUGGCCUUCAGUCUUGCUUUACUGGGAAAGGAGCAGCUUGUAACUGCACCAGCAAUUUUAUGUAUUUGUGGGAGUGUUGCUUUCUUUUCUGUGGGAAUAGGGCCUGUUUGUGGGGUUGUAGCACCAGGAGUCUUCCCCUUGAGGUUGCGUGCUUAAGCAGUUGCUCUUGGAGCAGUGGUUAAUAGAAUGUGCAGUGGCUUUGUUUCCAUGUCUUUCCUUUCUCUCUCACGGAAAAUGACAUUUGGUGGAACAUUUUUCAUUUUUUCAGCAUUGUCAGCUCUUCUGUGCUCUUUGUUCACACCAUUGUUCCACAGACUAAGGGAAAAUCAUUGGAGCAGGUUGAGUUGCUAUUCCAAGAUCAACCUAAACUGCAGGGAAGAAAAAUGUAAAUUAGAGACACUGAGCAUCUAGUACAGAAUGCAUAAGCAAUUGGUGCCAAGGAAUGUCUAUUUAAAAUGAAAAUUUGGUGUGUGAUUGUUUGUACAAAGACAGAAGGCCACAUUCUAUAUUUACAGGAAGUUAUCAACAUGCUGGAAUUGCUUACCGAAGAGAAUGCUAAUUUCCAGGCACCCUUCAGUCAGGUAUCUGAAAUGAAAAGCUAUUCCAUGGUUGACAUCUGAAUGGAGAAGUUAUAAUAUUUAUUUGAGUUGCAUAGUUAAAUUUCAAAGAAAACCUAAAGCUUUUCUAAGCUUUACAUUUACACGUUCAAGAUUGUUCUACCUUAGAAUUAAGGCUUAAGUAUUGG